UUCCUUCGGAUGAGCUGAGAGCCGCAGGCGUGUGUGUAUAUGGAAAUAGUGGGCUGCCGAGCGGAAGACAACUCGUGUCCCUUUCGCCCCCCAGCCAUGCUCUUCCACGGGAUCUCCGGAGGUCACAUCCAAGGCAUCAUGGAGGAGAUGGAACGCAGAUCCAAGACCGAGGCCCGCCUGGCCAAAGGCGCCCAACUCAACGGCCGCGACGCGGGCAUGCCCCCGCUCAGCCCGGAGAAACCCGCUCUGUGCGCCGGUUGUGGGGGCAAGAUCUCCGACAGGUACUAUCUGCUGGCAGUGGACAAACAGUGGCACCUGCGGUGCCUGAAGUGCUGCGAAUGUAAGCUGGCCCUGGAGUCGGAGCUCACCUGCUUCGCCAAGGAUGGCAGCAUUUAUUGCAAGGAGGAUUACUACAGAAGGUUCUCUGUGCAGAGAUGUGCCCGCUGCCACCUUGGCAUCUCUGCUUCUGAGAUGGUCAUGCGCGCCCGAGAUUCUGUCUACCACCUGAGCUGUUUCACCUGCUCCACCUGCAACAAGACUCUGACCACGGGCGACCAUUUCGGCAUGAAGGACAGCCUGGUAUACUGCCGCGCCCACUUCGAGACCCUCUUACAAGGGGAGUACCCGCCGCAGCUGAGCUACACGGAGCUGGCGGCCAAGAGUGGUGGCUUGGCCCUGCCCUACUUCAAUGGCACUGGUACGGUGCAGAAGGGGCGACCCCGGAAGCGGAAGAGCCCGGCGCUGGGAGUGGACAUUGUCAGUUACAACUCAGGUUGUAAUGAGAACGAGGCUGACCACUUGGACCGGGAUCAGCAGCCUUAUCCGCCCUCCCAGAAGACCAAGCGCAUGCGGACUUCCUUCAAGCACCACCAGCUCCGGACCAUGAAAUCCUACUUUGCCAUCAACCACAACCCAGAUGCCAAGGACCUCAAACAGCUUGCUCAGAAAACAGGCCUCACCAAAAGAGUUUUGCAGGUUUGGUUCCAAAACGCAAGAGCCAAAUUCAGAAGGAACCUUUUGCGGCAGGAGAAUGGGGGUGUUGAUAAAGCUGAUGGCCCAUCGCUUCCGGCCCCGCCCUCAGCAGACAGCGGCGCUCUCAGUCCACCCGGCACUGCGACCACUUUAACAGACCUGACCAAUCCCACAAUCACUGUAGUGACAUCCGUGACCUCUAACUUGGACAGCCACGAGUCUGGAAGCCCCUCACAAACUACCUUAACGAACCUUUUCUAACAUUGGUUUUUUUUUUCUUCAAUUCUUCUUUUUUUUAAUUAUUAUUCUAAUUAUUAUUUUAUUAUUUACAAGAAUUUUUGUUUUCCUUCUUCUAACCCACAAGAUAUUUGGGUAAUAAAAACAACAGCUUGGCGUGUAGCAUCUGUAGCCGCUUGGCAAAUGAGUUUACAGUAUUGUCUCCGUUAAGUGAACAUAUUUUGUCUACAAAGUGUAUUUGGAUAUAUUUUUUUUCUCUGAUUAAUUAGGUCUUUCAGUCGGUAAGGAGAGUUUUUGAAUCAUUCUAAGAAGUGCCUCUUAAAAUUGUAUGUUACUUAUUUCCAGAAUCUCAAAGAAAAAAAAAUGAAAAUGGUAUUAUGAUGAGCAAAUUAUUGUCUUGCUACUUGAAUGGUUAUGGUCAUAGUGACUUAGAGAAUGAAAUCUUAUUUCGAAAUUUUGCAGUUGUGUAUAUGAUUGUGGAGUUUUGAAAACUUUACAUUUAAAAAAAUUUCAACCGAAAAAUUAUGUCGGAUUUUCUACUUCCUGUCUGAAUUGGUUCAAGUCAGGACUAUGUUUAAACAAAAACAUCACCUAUACAAUUUUAAAUAGUAAUUAGGUGAGAAAAUCAUCCAGAGUGAUUUUUCUUUUCAGGAGUAUAUAACCCAAAAUAUCUGUUACCUCGUUAUUUGUUUUCAACAUGUGAAAAGUACUUCAACACCCUAGAAGUCUGUGGAAAUUCUGCAUUAAAGUUGAAAUUC